GUACGGACGCUGUUUGUCAGUGGCCUUCCAGUUGAUAUCAAACCGCGGGAGCUUUACCUGCUCUUUAGACCUUUUAAGGGUUAUGAAGGUUCACUGAUUAAGUUAACAUCAAAACAGGGUAUCCGUUUUGACCCCGAAAGUCCCCAGACCCUGCGCUUAGAGUUUGCUAAAGCCAACACGAAGAUGGCAAAGAGUAAGCUGAUGGCCACACCGAACCCCACAAAUAUCCACCCCGCUCUAGGAGCUCACUUCAUUGCACGGGACCCAUAUGACCUGACCGGGGCAGCUCUGAUCCCGGCCUCCCCGGAUGCCUGGACCCCGUACCCCCUCUACACCACGGAGCUGACCCCCGGCCUCCCCCACGCCGCCUUCAGCUACCCGGCGGCCGCCGCCGCCGCCGCCGCGCUGCACGCCCAGAUGCGCUGGUACCCUACUCCCUCCGAGACUUCCCAGCCUGGAUGGAAGUCACGGCAGUUUUGUUAG